AUGGACCACAUGGGCUUCCAGAUGCCUCACAUGGGACACCCGCCCCCAUUGAUGAACCAACCGCCCCAGAUCUUUGGAGCUUACACUCCUGAUGGCCUUCCCGUUCGGCACAUGCCGCCUGACCUAGCGGCGCAUAUGUUCGGCGACCCAUCUACGCUACUUGACGAUGCGAACGAAGCCAAGAGGAGGAGAAUUGCCAGAGCCUGUGACAUGUGCCGAAAGAAGAAGAUUAAGUGCGAUGGCAAGCUACCCGCAUGUAGCCAUUGCAUAAACUACAAGACAGACUGUGUCUUCACUCAGGUUGAGAAGAAGCGCAACCCGCCAAAAGGAGCAAAGUACAUCGAAGGACUGGAGAACCGUCUAGGCCGUAUGGAAAACUUGCUGCGACUCUCAGGUCUACUCGGCGAGGACGAUAACGGCGAAACUGAUCUUGGCACUCUAGAGAAGCGCCUGGCCGAAAAACAUCAGCAGUCGAGACAAGCUUCUCAGGUUGCUUCCAACCCGACUUCCCCAUCCCAGGCAACUUCGGGACAGAACGAGAAUGAAUCAACUCCCCAAAGCGCGAUUACCUCUCCUGAACCGACGAAAGACUCCCACAAGGAACCCAAAGAGGGCGAGAGGCGCAAAUCUGUGCACCCCGAAGAACCCGAGAAGAGCGAGGAAGAAGUCGAGGCUUUGUCCGAGAUGAUGUGCUCCUUGGUCACAAACCAAAGUGGCGAGACCCGAUACAUCGGAUCCUCCUCCGGCUUCUCCAUUUUCUCCCCCAAGGGUAUCCAGUGGGUCCACGAGAAGACGGGAGACAAUUCAUUCCAGCAGAUGAUUUCCGAGGUAUCGAUUGACGACCACAAGUGGACUGCGUGGAAGCCAGAGGUUUUCAGCGACCUGUUCCGUCGACCAAUCUUCCGACCGUUGCCCCCGAAGCACGAGGCUUUGUCCCUGCUGAAAGAUUACUUUGAGAACUUCAACUGCAUGUUCCCCUUGUUCCAUCAGCCCACUUUCAUGCAUCUGGUUGAGCGGCAAUAUUCUGACGACCCCUACGAGGGCACCGGAUGGUGGGCGAGCUUGAACUGCGCCCUGGCGUUUGCCCAUCGCCUGCGCGUUAUGAGCAACCUCGUGCCCCAGGAAGAGGACGAGAAGGCAUGGGGUUACAUCAAGAAUGCCCUCGGAACAUUUGCUGAGCUGACGAUGCGCAACACGGAUUUGCUGAGUGUGCAAGCACUGCUCGGCAUGGCUCUGUUCAUGCAGGGCACACCGAACCCUCAGCCUACGUUUGUCCUCGUCGCAACUGCGAUUCGUCUCGCCCACAGUAUUGGUUUGCACAAGAAGGGAACCGGUUUCAACCUGAACCCUAUCGAGAUUGAGCAACGCAAGCGAGUCUUCUGGAUUGCUUAUAUGCUCGAUAAGGACUUGUGCCUUCGUGCGGGCCGACCUCCCGCACAAGACGAUGACGACAUGAACGUGGAGCUUCCCGACGCCGACCCGGAGGACAACAUCGGCAACAUUCCCUUGGCUGAAGGAAAGGGCAAGAUGAACUUAUUCAGAGUCAUGUGCGAGUUUGCGACAAUCGAAAGCAAGGUUUACUCUCGCCUGUACUCAACCAAGGCAACGAAACAAUCCCCCGGCGAACUUCUCAACACCAUCGGAGAGCUGGAUCAGGAGCUCGAGGAGUGGAAGGACAGGAUUCCAAUCGAUUUCAGGCCAGAGCACGAGAUUCAGGCGUCGCACACGCCUCUUAUCCUUCACGUCGUCAUGCUUCACUUGACGUACUACAACUGCCUGACAACAAUUCACCGUAUGUCGGUGCAUCACGGAUACUGGACCAGUCGCUUGUCCAACUAUGCCAUCCAGGGGCUCAACGCCAAACCCCUUAACCCACGCGUGUUUUCUUCCGCAGCGCUGUGCACGGCAGCUGCGCGAGCAUCCAUCUCCUUGCUGAAGUACAUGCCUCAGGGAGACUCUUCGAGUGUCUGGCUCAUUCUCUACUUCCCUGUAUCCGCACUAAUGACACUUUUCGGAAACAUUCUCCAGAACCCCAUGGAUCCCAGAGCCAAGUCCGACACAAGAUUGAUGAAUCUGGUGGUCAACUUCUUGUCCAUGCUAGGUCAGGAAGCCGAGACCGGCGGUGUUCACCGUAUGCUGGGUGUUUGUUCCGAGUUUGAAAGAAUUGCGAAGCUCGUCAUCGAGAAGGCAGAGAAAGACCAGUCGUCACGGCGGAAGCGCAAGAGCGAAGCGGCACCGAAAGUAUCAUCAAGCCCGGCCGCAUCUUCUCACACACCUCGGCCAGUGUCAGCGACGACGCCGACUCCACAGACGGUCACUCCCUCGGCGAACUCGGCGACGAAUGGACAACUGUCCCCCGACUUCAACGGGGAAGCCAACCGUCGCAGGCAUGGAUUCAGUCCUAUGCAAACCACUUCGAUGCGCGAACCUUCUCCGGCUCUCCCGUCGGCAGGAUGGCCACACGAGUUUCCAAUGCCGGAUCAGGCCCAAUUUGGUAACUUCGCGGAGAUGACAGGAUUUGGCGGAAUCCACAACCCCCGUUCACCGCCGAUGAAUAUGGGCGCGCCGUAUCAGCAACCUCUCUUGCCGCAGGAUCUAUUUUCGCUUCCCAUGACGUUGGACUGGGACUGGGCUGAGAUGAGCGGCGGCGCGUACCCAACGGUGGAGAAUGGAAACGUUGGCUGA